GGCUUUGGAUUGCCUGGAGCGUCAAUCGCUGUUGAAUUUCGGUGAUGUGCCCGUCUUUCAGUUGCUGGACGACACACAAGUUGCUGAAGUUUUUCGAUUUUAUCGCGCCUUUGUUGAAACUUUCCGUGAUUACAACUUCUGGCUAGAGGGCGAGUCAUUUGCAUUCGCGGAGGAUCAUGUAUUGGAACAUUUUCAUCUGACGUCGAAGCGAAUUCUAUUCUAUGCCGUGGCUCAGCAAUAUUGUGGACGAAAUGACGCCUGGUAUGGGCUGCUGAUAAAUCGGAGCUUCAUGAAUAUGCCACAGUUUGAAGCAGCCUUCGAGUGUGAUGCGGAGGCACCGAUGAAUCCGUUAGUCAAGUGCAUGAUCAAUCACUGCGACUAAUGUACAAUAGUUAGUACUAAGUACUAUAAGGAAAUUUAUGUUUCUUAGCUUAAGUGAUAACUGUUAGAGAAAGGCACUUAGUCAAAUUGGAGGAUGAUAAAAAUAAAGUAGUGU